GGAGGAGGGAGGUGGCGGCGCCGUGGCGGAGGAGCAGGAGCAGGAGGGGGAUGGCGAGGAGAAGGCUCCUGCAUGGCAUGGCGCUCCUGCUCCUCCAGGCGCUGCCCAGCCCCCUGUCAGCCAGGGCUGAGCCCCCGCAGCAUAGGGAGAAAUUUUGGAAAAAUCCUGCUCUUAUCUGAGAUUGCACAAAUGUUCAGAGAAACCUGGGAAAAUGAGGAGGCCCGGUCAGUGGAUUUUCUCCGUUCAGCUCUCCGGGAGUGUCAGCUGUGUGUCCCCGUCCCAUGCCUGGCUGGCUAUGCGCGCCCUCAAGGAUAAGGAAACCUGCGUGGGCACCAACAAUCAGAGCUACAUCUGCGACACAGGACACUGCUGCGGCCAGUCUCAGUGCUGCAACUACUACUACGAACUCUGGUGGUUCUGGCUGGUGUGGACCAUCAUCAUCAUCCUGAGCUGCUGCUGCGUCUGCCACCAUCGCAGAGCCAAGCACCGGCUCCAGGCCCAGCAGCGCCAGCGUGAGAUCAACCUGAUCGCCUACCGGGAAGCUCACAGCUUCUCGGCACUGCCCUUCUACUUCAGGUUUUUGCCAAACUAUUUACUACCUCCUUAUGAGGAAGUGGUGGACCGGCCUCCGACUCCUCCUCCGCCCUACAGUGCCUUCCAGCUCCAGCAGCAGCUCUCGCCCCCGUGCGGCCAGGCGGGCGCUAGCCCCCCUGCCGCUGCCGAGCCCAGCAGGGACCCCCCGGCGGUGCAGGGCAGCCCCCGGGCAGCACCCAGCCGGAGCAGCACCAGACCCCCGAGCACCGCCGACCCUGAGCCGUUCGACAUGCCAGCCGCUCCAGCCGCCGCCAAACCCCCCGCCCCGGAGCCCAGCGGCUCGGCCAGCCCCGGGGCCAGCCUGGAUGCCGAGGCCGGGAGCCCCGAGGAGGAGGAGCUGCUGCGGGACCCCGGCUCCGAGCCGGGCGGUGCCCUCCCCGACGCCAAGGACAAGACGCCGGGCCGCCACCGCCGCUUCACCGGCGACUCGGGCAUCGAGGUGUGCGUGUGUAACCGAAACCACGCCGAUGACGACGACGACGACGACCUCAAAGAGUUCAGCGCCCUCAUCGAUGACGCGCUGGACGGGCCCCUGGGCUUCUGUGACAGCUGCCACGUGCGACCCCCCUGCGACGAGGAGGAAGGCCUGUGCCAGCCCCCCGAGGGGCAGGCCCCCGAGCCCGGGCACCCGCACCUGCCCCGGCCACCCGCCGGCCUGCUGCUGAACACCAUCAACGAGCAGGACUCCCCCAACUCGCAGGGAAGCGGCUCCCCCAGCUAGAGCAGGCCCUGCCUGGCCCCCCACCGGGAACCCCCCCCUGGAGCGGCAAGAGAAGCAUUAGGUGACUUUCCCGAGAACGUGGCCCAGCCGCUCUGUUCUUUGGUUUUUGGUUUUUGGUUUUGUUUUGGUUUUUUCUCCCCUCUCCUCUCUUGCAUUUUUCUACAUCUCCAGGUGCCGCUAGGUGGGUCCAGCUACCUUCCGGCCCCGAAGCACAGAUCGUGGAGGGCUGAGAAGUCGGUUCCCUGACUCAUUCCUCAGCCCCACGACUUCCCCGCCCUCUCCCCAUUUCAAAUUGUAUCUCAGAACCUGCUCCCUGGAGAGUGUGCUGUGUGUGUGUGUGUCUGUGUGUCAGAGCGUCCGAGCCCAGGAGGAUGGGCAGAGACGGUGCCCACAGGUGCCUCUUGCAGAGCUGUGGUCUGUGCUCUGGGGUGAGCCUGCCGGGAGACUCUGGCUGUAUCCCGGCCUGGAGAGGCCUGGGUGAAGAAGGGGGCCCGCGGAGGCGUGGCCCGGGUGCCUCACCCCAUGCCCUGACCAACCCUCGAAGGUAGCUGGGGGUCGGCCUGCUCCCUCUGAGUCUCCCUGUGUCCAGGAGGGCCCCCUGCCAGCAGGUUCUGGCUGGUGGCCAUCCAGGAGAUACAAUUAUUUCACUGCCUUCUUUUUUGGAUUUUCUUUUUAAAAAAUGAAACAAAAGCGAGCUGAAAACAAGGUCCUUCCCACUGGGAAGGCUUCACCCAGCCGAUCGUCCUGGGAGAGGGAUGCGAGCACUCUCCCCGGAGCUGGCCGCAGGGAGCUUGGCCCAGUGGAGCUGGAAGGAGGUGCUUGCCCGUAGGUUCUGAAGGGAGACUGUGGGGCUCUGGCCGUCGCUCUGCACCUCUGUUCUGUGUCCCCCGGGGCCUACGCCUCCUGCUCCCCAGCACGGCCUGCGGGCCUUUGUCACCCUGUUCUCGGGGAACAGACAUGAGGCUCUGUGGGUCUUGAGAAAGGGUGGCCCAGAGCUGAGCCCUCACAUGGGAUGUUCUCGCUGAUUCUCAAGUUGUUUUCUUGUUCGUUUGUUUUAAACUGACCAGCUUGAAGGUGGGGCAGGUCUUGGAUAUGUGUGGUUUCCCUGCUCCUCCCUUCACUGCCCGCAGCCCUUUCAGAGUGUUACGGAGCCUCUGUGAAGAGGCCCAGCGGCUCAGGUCGGAGGAGGGGAUGCACUGCAGGAUGCCCAGGGCCCGAGAGGGUUUGCAGUUAGCUCUGAUGGCAAGAAUCUCAACAGAGCAAGUUGAUGGCUGAAAAGAACAUUCCCUGUCCCGCCUGUUCCCCACUCCUGAAUGGAGAGACUCAGACUAGACAUUGAUGUUAUGGUAAGAAAGGGGGAAA